UCCUACUGCUGCGCCUCCCGGUACAUCCGGGUCACUGGCUGCGCAUGCGCGUGCGCAGCGCACGCCUCGGCGGCGGUCCUCGCUCUCCCGUCUCGGAUUCGGUGCUUGGAUUCAGGGCCGGCCAUUCGCAUCGGGCCCUCCCCUCGCGAUCCGGGGGAGGGGGUUGUCACGGGGAGUCCUACAGGCCUAAUCCCAGCGAAUGCGGUGGGCUGUGUAACAGUUUCAUAAGUAAAGGUUUCACAGAAAAGCUGCUACACCUGCCUUGCAAAGAGUAGGAGUCUAAAAGCUUCAAGAUAAUUUUGUUACUUGAUUCCUUAACAUGGGGAACCUUCUUAAAGUUUUGACUUGCACAGACCUGGAGCAGGGACCAAAUUUUUUCCUUGACUUUGAAAAUGCUCAACCUACAGAAUCGGAAAAAGACAUUUAUAAUCAGGUUAAUGUAGUAUUAAAGGAUGCAGAAGGAAUCCUGGAAGACUUGCAGUCGUACAGAGGAGCUGGUCAUGAAAUACGAGAGGCAAUACAGCAUCCCACUGAUGAGAGGCUCCAGGAGAAGGCAUGGGGUGCAGUUGUCCCUCUAGUGGGCAAACUAAAGAAAUUCUAUGAAUUUUCUCAAAGGCUAGAAGCUGCACUACGGGGUCUUCUUGGGGCCCUGACCAGCACCCCAUACUCUCCCACACAGCACCUAGAGCGAGAGCAGGCUCUUGCAAAACAGUUUGCAGAAAUCCUUCAUUUUACACUCCGGUUUGAUGAGCUAAAGAUGACAAAUCCUGCAAUUCAGAAUGACUUCAGCUACUACAGAAGAACAUUGAGUCGGAUGAGAAUCAACAAUGUCCCAGCAGAAGGAGAAAAUGAAGUAAAUAAUGAACUGGCCAACAGAAUGUCUUUAUUUUAUGCUGAAGCAACACCCAUGUUAAAAACCUUAAGUGAUGCAACAACAAAAUUUGUUUCAGAGAAUAAAAAUUUACCCAUAGAAAAUACCACAGAUUGCUUAAGCACUAUGGCCAGUGUUUGCCGAGUCAUGCUGGAAACCCCGGAAUAUAGAAGCAGGUUCACGAAUGAGGAAACAGUCUCGUUCUGCCUGAGGGUAAUGGUGGGUGUCAUAAUUCUCUACGACCAUGUGCAUCCAGUAGGCGCCUUCGCUAAAACUUCAAAAAUUGAUAUGAAAGGAUGCAUUAAAGUUCUCAAAGAUCAGCCUCCAAACAGUGUAGAAGGCCUUCUAAAUGCGCUCAGGUACACAACAAAACAUUUGAAUGAUGAGACUACCUCCAAGCAAAUCAAAUCUAUGUUGCAAUAACAGUUACCUGGAAGUCCUGCCCUGCUGUAUACAGUAUUCUGCAAUGACUGAGAUGCACAGAUCUUUUUUAAAGUGAUUGCAACUACUAUCUUGUUCAGUCUUGCUUUUGAAUUUUUUCUUGUCCUCUCUUCCAUAUUAAAAAAAAUCACGUUCUUGUUCUUGAGUAAGCUGGUAACUUCUUUUUCUGUGCCAAAAUCAAUGAAAAUUAUCACCUCUGGAAGGUAAUUUGUACUUUUCAGAGUAGCCAUUCUAUGUGGCAGCUAAUUCUGCGUUGCGUUUUGGAUUUCUCUAUACUGGAGAAAGUUCUGUGACUUGAACUAAAUAUUUUUAAACGUGUUUUUUUCCUUUUUUGUUUUUGGAAAACUAAUAUUUAAUAUUGCUUCUUGUGCAUGGCAAAACUGCCUAUUUCUGCUAUUUAAAAGAAAGAAAGAAACCGUCAUUUUCUAUUGCAGCUUUUUUAUGUGCAACCAUGAGGAAACUUCAAAGCAAAUAUGUUUAAAUUAACUGUGUUUGUACAAAUGGUACCCAACAUAAUGUUUUUUUUAAAAGAAAAAAAAGAAAUGGGUAAAAACUAUUUGUUUUAAAAAGUUAAGUUUGCAUUUUGACUCAUUUUUGUAAGGAUGUCUGUUGUAUGUUUAAUAACUAACGUUUCAGGAAAAAAGUGGUGUGUGCGUAGCCAAAUUACGUAUGCAUGUUCGUGUCAAAUGAUUGGCUGUGGAAGACACCAAUAAAGACUGGCUUUCAUUUUUCUAA